UUUUCCACCAACGGCAAUUCAAUGAAUGCUGGCGACCUAUUUCGAGCGUUGACUGGUUAUCUUAUCAAUUUUGCAUUGCAUUCUUCGUGGUUUUAUUUUCAUAGAGCAAAAGAAAUUCAACUAGUAUAUCUUGUCUCAGAUACCGUAUCCACAACAUGUCAAUCAAUGUUGAAAAGUGCUGCAGGAAAGGCUGGAAUAGACAAAGAUAAUGUAUCAGUUGUAUCUAAGGCAACCAGUAUUAUCAAGUACAGCGAGAUGUAUAGUUUACCACAAGACGAAAUAAUUGGUCAAUUACCAGAUGACUAUUGGAAGCCAGGAUACAAAUUUCUAACUGCCGAAUUAGCACAUGACCAGGCUGAAGUAAGCGUUCACGAACGUUUAGAGGAUGGCACAUGCAGGACAAUCGAUAAACGUCUCGGAGAAUGGGGAUUAAAAAAAUGUGUCUCAGAAUGCAUUGAAGUUUUCCCUUUAUUAUUUGGACAGGGUGUUUAUAAAGAAUUUAUCGAAAAAGAUCCAAUGUGGCUUGACGAGAUUACACGUGAGAUUGCAAGUAAAUGGUCAAACAGGACAAUGACUUUAAUGCUACCUUCGCUGCUCUGUUAUCUUUAUGAAAGGAAAACUGGUAAAAACAUCGGGGAAGAAAUACAGAACCUUUCCAAACUAUUAAAAGUAUCAAUGGUUGGUAGCAAGCUACGCUUUGAAAGCAGUAUUUUGAAAACAGUGUUUGAAAAUUGUAUUUCAGGGAAUACUUCUCUAAUUAAGGCACUUUUAAGCAAACAUAGAAUGUCGGGGGCAAAUUCAAUUAUCUUUUUCGGAACACUUUUAGAAAAUAAUAAAAUUAAAGAUGCAAUGACUGGCAACUUUGAUGGAGCCGUCAUUGUUUCCAAAAAUUGUGCCAACUAUGUACACGUAAAGGCAGCCAUUGUAUAUGAUUUCACAAAGCAUGUGGAAAAUUGUCCGUUCACUUACGGUGUAAAUUUCUGUGGUCGUUUUCAUGACGAGAACAUUGACCAUCAACUCAGGAUGUCAAAUAUAGACGUAAGCAAACAUUUGUUCAGAAGAUACUUCAUGAAAGGUGAAAAAGUCAACACCGGUCACCUACGAUUUUGGAGGUAUAGAUCUGUUUUCCCAUAUCAAGGAAAAAUACUUAUGAACAUUCUACAGUCAGAAAAAAGAGAGCCAGAAUAUUCAGAUAGAAAUGAAAUAAAGGAGCUUGAUGUAAUUACAGUAAAUUUGGGCUCCGGCGUAAAGUAUGGGGAAAUAGAAGUCCAGAUGAUGUUUAGAGAGACAGGACUGCUGGUGGAAGCCUUCACCGUACAUGAAGGGACUGAUGAUAAAAAAGAAACACUGUCCAAAGUAUAUUCAAAAAUGUUCCGUGAACAUAGGCUAUUGCGUUACUUAUGUUAAUGAUUUAGGGAGAAUGUUGAUGCUAAAACGUUGAAAGUGUAAAUUUAAUUCAGUUUGCGUUGUAACUGAUGUUACUAUAAAUACAUUUUGACACUUGAAUGUACGUGUGUACGUGUUAGUGUACGUGCAUGAAUGUGCAUGUUGUUUUUUCAUGUUUUGCAUAUUGUUUUUAUACAUCACAGCAGCAUCUGAGAUGACUUGUAGGUGUUUGUUUUGUGUAUCCGUUAUGUUGAUUAUAUAGUGUUAAAACAUCAAAAAUCCGUCUCAAAAAGAUUUUAACCGUACUUUCCAGGAUUGUACCUUAUGUGACGGACAGAGUUGCUGGAAGAAUUCCACGAAGAAAUCAACUGGUUUCCAUGGCAACCAAUUGAAACAACAGAAUAGAAACAAUGAAUUAUAAAAGUAAUUUUGAAAUAAAACCUCUCCAAUACCACAAGGCUUAGAGCUUUGAUAUUGUAUGAAACAUUCCGUUAUUGAUCAUUCACAAAUUUAUUCCUUGGAUCGCUUUCGUCCCAGGGAUCCUUAGUUUUAUAUUGAGAUAUAUGGGGAAAUCGUUCAAUUUAUCUCUUCCGAACAGCAAUGCCUAGCCGUAUUCGCAUUCAACAUAAUCUAAUGGACCUCGACUAAGCUUCUUCAAAUCAUGACCCCAAGAGUAAAAUUGAAAUUCAUCUCCAUCAUCUAACAUUAAACAUACAAAGGUUACAUUUUUGCCUGAAUGUAUUUUUUAUCAUUGUUUCACCAAGCCAUGGUCAUCAUAUUUGACACUUAUAUUUAUGAACAUUUGUACUUCAUUUUCCAUUGUUAAAGUGACAUUGGUCCACAUAUUCAAUUGUUAAAAAAAGUUUUUUGUAAAAUG